GUUGCCGUAAAACUAGACGUGUACUUUCUUACAACAUUGUUGUUAUGUAGUUUCAUCAGAAUUGGGAAUCGCGCUUUUACAUCUUCACACAGACGUCACUGAUAACCAGCGUCCGUUAUUAGUUUAAUUGUUUAACACAAAGUGAUGUAUUCAAGAUAUAAUGUCGUCGGAUUUAAUGUUCGUGAAUUCAUCGCUGAUGAAUAAGGAAGCGGAGGAGGAUAUUUCCAUCGAUCAGGAUGAAGAGUGGGACUUCAGUUUGUUUGAUGAUCUUGGGGAAGCCGGUGAGCUCUUGGAUGCACUGGUGGAAAGUGUCGGCUAUGAAACCUAUGCACAAAACCUGAAAUUUGACAAUGAGCACCCAGUAUGGAACUCCGAUGCCUGGGGAGAUAAUGUCAGCCCUCGAUCAGAUGGGGAUGUAACAGUGGACUCACUCUCACCCAACCACACGCUUAGUUCAGUGUCCUCACCAGCAUCAGUGGAGCCUCAAUCACCAUACUCUGCACACGAUGAAACGCUGUCUCCAGUGUCCUGGCAUUCUCAGCCCUCCCCGCUGUCUGUCUGUUCUGACUCGAGCGGUUGUGCUGAACCACCCUUUCAGAAGAAGCCACCCAAAAGGACCAAUCAGGCAACAAAAGCAAAGCCUGUCCAUUUAUCUAAGAGACCCAUUCAUAUGGCUUCCAUACAGCCUAAACCGUUCAUCACUGCUGCAGCCCCUCUUCAGGCUAAGACCAUCAUCAUCCAACCUCUCCAGACUACAGUUCUACCUGUGGUGAAACCUGUCACCAUUCAGCCAGCACCCCCUGCAGGUCGACCAAUGUUGUUAUCUCAGCCAACUCAGGUUGUCCAGCUCCAGGCACCUCAGGCAGUAGCCACACGUGUUGUGGUCACAGUGCCAACAUUGGACAGACCUCCUUCUGUUUUUGCCCCGGUGACAGCUGCUCCAGUGGUCCCCAUGACACUUCAGAAUACCACACUUGUGGACGAUUGGAGUGUGUCUAGGAGGCAACAACGCAUAAUAAAGAACAGAGAGUCUGCGUCUCUAUCUCGGAAGAAGAAAAAGGAGUACAUGCUGAUGCUGGAGGCCCGACUGAAGGUGGCGCUGUCAGAGAACGAGAAGCUAAAAAAUGAAAACGGCACAUUGAAAAGACAAGUAGACGGCCUGAUGAGUGAGAACUCCGUACUGCAGGCAACUGCUCCAAAAAGGAGGGCUGUGUGCCUUAUGGUUGUCCUGGUCUUCCUGGUUUUUAAUUUGGGUCCAAUGAGUUUGUUAGGAGGAGACCGGGGUUCAACCUUUCCUGCUGCACCUGCAUUCAAUGGCAGACACCUGCUGGGCUUUUCCCCAGAGUCAAAGAGAAACAUGGAGUCAUACAUGCCGGAGACUGAUCCAUCUAACACUGUGAACAGGGUGGAAGAUGUGGCAUCAGAACAAAAGGCUCUGAUGGUGGUGAAGAAGGAUCCUCUGUAUUUCAGAACUACACCUCCCUGCCAUCCACCCGUCAACAGGACCAAGUGCAUGAAGAUAGCACAUGAUCUAAGGGGCUGGGUACAUCGACAUGAGGUUGAGCGGACCAAAACCCGCCGCAUGAGCAACAACCAGCACAGGGGCAGAACCAUUCCGAAAGCAACCGAGAAAAGGGCAGAGGUGCAGCAGAUAGUGACACAGAUCCAGUACACAGAUUCCUCUGAAAAAAAUCCCAGCAGUGAGCUGCAGGUGUACUACGCCCCUCACCGCACCUACAAUGACUUCUUUGAUGAACUCAACAGAAGGGGGGACACAUUCUACGUGAUCUCGUUCCGCCGGGAUCACCUUCUCCUUCCUGCCACCAACCACAACAAAGGAAGCCGACCCAAAAUGUCUGUUGUGCUGCCUGCUAUGAAUUACAAUGAGAGCGUUAUAAAAGACAAAGAGUUUGAGGUGAUGAUGCAAAUCGACUGUGAAGUCAUGGACACCAGGAUACUCCGCAUCAAGUCGUCUAGUGUUCCACCCAUCUUGCGUGCCAAUCAGACAGACACAGACUCUUUCUAUCACUCGACCCCCCGCAACAACCAGCAUGCUCCUCCUGUUGGAGUCCUCGUGGGUUCUUAAUUCCAGCAACCCACUAAUUACAAAAAUGUAUCUUGUCAUAUUAUCGUUUUCUCAUCAUCAUUUAGUUUGUUUGGUUUUUGUUGACUAUUUUUAUCUGAUUUGCAAACCAGAAUCUGUUUGAGUACUACCAAGAUUACCAAGAUUAAUUAGCUGGGACAGAGGACUGAAUAUGAAGUCACCACAUCAAAAUGCAAAAGCACCAAGUGUGCCAUUCAAUCCAAAAGUCAGACCAUUCCAGGGCAUUUUCCCCCCAGACUAUUGUUAACUUGCUGAUCUGACUUGACUGAUUAAAAUGUUAGUUUAUUUCUAAAACAGUUUUUUUUUUUUAGUUGAAUGUUCUCCAAGCAGACACACAAUUACAAUUAAUGUUCAGUCAAUUUUAAGAUGUCUUUAUUGAUGUCAUGGUUCAGAUGCAUUUUCAAUUUAUUUCUCUGCUACACAUGGGAGAAUGUCUGAAUUGUUCGCACCAUGCUUAUGUUGCUUUGUAAAAUUACUUGAAGUGAAUAUUUAUGAAGCUUACAUUUUUGUACCAAGCUUGUUUGGUACAUAUUUAAGGCUCAUAAUCUUUAAUACUACUAUUCUCAAAGAACCGACCAUGGCAGCUAUUCUUAGUUCCCGAUAGUGAAUUGAAAAUUGUGUUAAAAUAUAUUUACCCUUUUAACUCACUUCUCAUAAUUGAAUUGAAAUGAUUUUUCUCAUUCAGGACACUGCUCUAAAUAUAUUUCCAAAAAAGAGUGCAAAAGAAGAAAUAUUAAGGUGUUAUAUAAUCCCUCUGCCUUAUCUUCAAAUGUUUGAGUUCAUAAUUUUAGAUGACUUCUAAUUGGCAUAAUUUGGGGAAAUUUUGGGUCUUAAGAAAUAUUUGUCUGUACAUUUGAAAACACGUCAGGCCCUUAAACAACAUUUUUGGAUUUAAUGUAUUUAAUUUCUGCAGUUUUGGAAAGACUUCUUGUCUGUUCCUGUACACACAGUGAUGGAAAGGAAUUUUGUAACAAUGAAUAAACAAGAAAUAAACACUGGACAAAUACUAGCACAAGUUUGUGGGUGAUUUGUGUACUGUAGUUCUCUGCAAUCUUUUUUUGUAGUAGGAAUAUGUUGGUAUGAAUUUGUUCAAUGAAACUGAAGGUUUGUGAAAGUAAAGGCUAU